GCGGCUGACAUCGCCGCAAGUUAUGGGGGAAGUACCAUGCAGGACUACUAAUAUGCAGGCGGAAUCAAAUCGCAUCGCCAAUGCCUCAGGCCGUGCCGCACCGCCUAGCAAGUGCGAAAAAAAUUGGGCCAACAUUUUGACUGUCGCUAUGCAGGAUAGAGGAUACAUUGAAUGCAAGAAAGGUAGAGCACCGCAGAUCCUGCAUGCUGCCAUCUAGGUUGGUGUUAUGGUUAACUUUGGUAUAUCC